AGGAAUCUGCGGUUUUCUCACAACUUGCCUCGGACCGGAUGCGUCUGCAUUAAACAGGCCGGCCCUGGGAGACUGGAAGCUUCGCGGUGUCGGGGUCAGCGCUGGAGAUAAAUAAACACGGGGGCACUCGCAGAGAAAUAAAAAAAAAUGUCCCGAAAGCUGCGGCCCAACGAGGUGUGCGCGGACUGCAGCGCCUCAGAUCCUGGUUGGGCAUCGAUAAACCGUGGAGUGCUGGUUUGUGAUGAAUGUUGCAGUGUUCAUCGAAGUCUUGGUCGACAUAUUUCAAUGGUGAAACAUCUCCGACACAGUUCAUGGUCUCCAACUCUGUUACAUAUGGUACAGACCCUAGCAAGUAAUGGAGCCAAUUCAAUCUGGGAGCACUCACUGCUUGAUCCAGCCCAAGUCCAAAGUGGACGGCGCAAACCAAACCCUCAGGAUAAAGUACAUCCUACCAAGGCAGAAUUCAUAAGAGCCAAAUAUCAGAUGUUGGCAUUUGUACACAAACUGCCUUGUCGCGAUGAUGAUGGUGUUACCACAAAGGAUCUGAGUAAGCAAUUGCACUCCAGUGUACGAACAGGGAAUUUGGAGACGUGUAUCAGGCUACUGUCCCUGGGAGCACAGGCCAAUUUCUUUCAUCCGGAGAAAGGUACCACUCCUUUGCAUGUAGCUGCCAAAGCAGGACAAAUACAUCAGGCUGAACUUCUGGUUGUUUAUGGUGCAGAUCCUGGAGCACCUGAUGUCAAUGGUAGAACGCCAAUAGAUUAUGCCAGACAAGCAAAUCACCAUGAACUUGCUGACAGACUGGUAGAGUGUCAAUAUGAACUUACAGACAGAUUGGCAUUUUACCUUUGUGGACGGAGACCAGAUCACAAAAAUGGGCAUUAUGUCAUCCCCCAAAUGGCCGAUAGAACACGGCAAAAAUGCAUGACCCAGAGUAGCUUGGACUUGUCAGAACUGGCUAAGGCAGCCAAAAAGAAACUUCAAGCACUAAAUAACCGACUUUUUGAAGAACUUGCGAUGGAUGUUUAUGAUGAAGUUGAUCGACGUGAGAAUGAUGCAGUGUGGCUGACCACCCAGAACCAUAGCACUUUAGUGACUGAGCGUAGUGCUGUACCCUUUCUUCCAGUUAAUCCUGAAUAUUCUGCAACUAGGAACCAGGGACGACAAAAACUCGCUAGGUUUAAUGCCCGGGAGUUUGCAACCCUGAUUAUUGACAUUCUUAGUGACGCAAAGAGAAGGCAGCAUGGAAAGACGCUAGGUAGUCCGACGGAAACUAUAGAUUAUCUUCUACGGAACCAAAAUGACCGUCCUGACAGUGAUUUUGGUGAUGAUCAGCAUGAUUAUGAUAGUGUAGCUUCGGAUGAAGACACAGACGCUGAGUUACACCGAAACGCAUCCUCAUCGAGAAACAACAGAGCUAAGAGCAUGGAUUCAUCUGACUUGUCAGAUGGUCCCAUAACACUGCAGGAGUAUUUGGAGGUGAAGAAAGCUUUGGCUGCAUCCGAGGCCAAGGUUCAACAACUAAUGAAAGUAAAUAAUAACUUAAGUGAAGAACUGCGCAGACUUCAGCUGCAGAUUAACAAACUGCAGACAGAGAAUGCACAAAUGAAGCAACAAACUCCUAGUCUGCAUCCAUCAUCAGCUGCCAGUGACCGCCAGGAGCUUGCCCCCCAUACAAGCACAAAUAGACGCGAUCGGCAAGCUGUUUCCAUGUAUGAAACCAGAUCUGGGCAGAAAUCUUUUGGACAAACUACCGAUGAUAUUGUCACAAGACUUCAGCCUUUGGACUGCAGUAUUCGCAGGGGUGUCUCCGUGACCUCUGUACCCUUUCCCUUCUCUCCGCAGCACUCCUGUUCACAGGACUGCGGCAGAUCCGUGGUUAAGUACCAUCUCAGUUGGGCUCAAGUGUCCAAACUAGACAAACGUGGCAGUGGAACAGACAGUGAUUAUGACAAUACCCAGACCAUUGAACUGCCGCCGGGAAGUAUUGCUGAUGGGAAGAUGGGAAGGGAUGAUGACCUCCAUCUAGAGUUUGAUGAGCAUGAGGGUGAGCUUGAUCCAAGCCUUCCCAGUACAGAGGAUGUAAUCCUUAAAACAGAGCAGGUCACCAAAAACAUCCAGGAGUUGCUUCGAGCAGCACAGGAGUGUAAGCAUGAAAGUUUUGUGCCAUGUUCUGAAAAGAUUCACUCUGCUGUCACUGAAAUGGCUUCUCUUUUUCCAAAGAAACCUUCACUGGACACAGUACGGUCUUCUUUGAAAUUGCUAAAUGCCAGUGCCUUCCGACUGCAAUGUGAAUGCAGGAAAACAAUUCCACCAGAGCCGGGUGCACCAGUUGAUAUUCAGUUGCUCACACAACAAGUCAUCCAGUGUGCCUAUGACAUUGCCAAGGCAGCCAAGCAACUGGUUACUAUAACAACCCGUGAGAAAAAACAAUGACGGUAAAGCACUUCAGUCACAUUCCAUUUUUUCUGGAGUACAUUUGGGAGACUAAGGAAAUGCAUCUUUCUUCAAAAGCAAACUGAAAUCCCUGUACAUAUGCUGAUUCAAAUACUGUGGAGUUUUUUUUCUGUGAUGGAUUGUUUUGGCUUUCAGAUUGAAGAAAGCUUCUAGAAAGGUUAAAUUUCCAAUCUUGUGGUAGAAAGCACCAGUCAUAGUUAACCAGAAUUGCUACCACUACAUAAUGACUUGGCCAAAGCAAAUGUUGCAGUGAAGUGAUGGCCAAUGACCUUCAACUUCUGAUAUUUUGGCAAGAUGUAAAUAUUUACUUUUGACCAUCAGGUGAUGUUACACUGGAAUUCUUGACUUCUCAAUUAAGUUGUUUUGAAAAAGUACUAAGUGCUACAUUGUUGGUGGAUACUACGCUGUAAAAUUUCAGUGCAACAAAGGCAUCUUGCAUCCCAAUGACUUGUAUGACAGAACUGCAAGCAAGUCAUUUCAACCAUAUAGCCAUACCUUAAACAUUUCUGUAAGUUUUUAUCUGAGACCAUCAAAAUUUAACAUGGGCUAUCAAUGGGUUACUUGCUGCUUUAUUUUUCCAUCACCUGAAGCUGAAGAACCAUGGACCCUGUUAAAAGAUGUCAACAAUACAAAUAGUGGGGUGCCUUUUCAUAUAGGAUACUGUGAACCUGUGACUGUAACUGGCAACCAUCAAUACCAUUGCAUCUUUGUGCAUUGUAUGCCUUAUAACAGUUGAAUCUUGUUGAACAGUUGUAUCCCAUAGUAGUGUAGUUUCCACUCUUUGCUUUCUUGGUGGCACUAUUUUUUGCAUUGACCACUCCAAAGGUCAUGAAUCUGUAUAAGAGUGUAAGUUCAUUAGUUUACUAAAUUACUGUACAAUGGUUCAAAAUGCUACUUGACCAUAACAAUCAAUUAUACUGAAAGUUCACCAUUGUUUAAAAGUUUGAACACUAUUCUUUUGAUACAAGUAUAUCACUUACUACAUUUGGAGACCAGUAUUUUCUUGGGCCACCUUGCAAUAACUGACAAAUACAGUAAUACUCUUGGACAUGUGGCUUCAUGUUGCCCAUGAGCACAGAACGUAGCGGCACUUUGUUGCCAGUAUUCUUCAUGGUACAGCAUACUGAUGGUAAAUGUUAUUGGAGUGAGUUGAGAAAUUGGCCAUUGCCAUACAACACUAAAGUCUGUUUUAUUUUCUCUUUGUUCAUUCUCAAUUUAGAAUUAUAAUCCAUUUAUUCAUUUUUAUUUAUGAAAAUGGCCACAUGUUUAAUUAAAACAAAAAGCAUGCACAAGGGGGCAAAAAGCACCAUCUCCAGCAUUUGUGCAUUGACUUGAUAUUUAAUGCUGUGUUCAGUGAAAGAAAAGCUAUAUGAUAACUAUAGAAGAUUUAAAUUUUGAAUGGGAAAUUCAAGUUUUGGAACUGAUGUAGCCUAAUCUUUUGAACUCCCUUACAUUAACCAAUUUCUUCCAAUAAAUGGGGCUUUGGAAAAUUUAUUAUCAAUCAGAAAAUUCUAAGUGCAAAAUAUUGUCUUCAUUUUGUUAGCCAAAUCAAUUAACAAAACAAAACUGAGUAAAUAUUGAUAAAGUUUCUCCACUUGGCAUUAGCAAUUUGGAAAUUAAAUUGGGAUAAUAGAAUUGCAACUUCAAAUGCCUGGAACUAAUUUAAUUGAAAGGGAACAGUAAUUAGGGAAGGACUUUUUCCACCUAUAAAUUGGAAGAAGCUCUGAUAAAUAAGAUUCUCCUUCAGACUGAGGUAUGCAUACAUACAGCAUUUUUUUUAAAUCCUAGCCUAAUUGAACCCUGAGGCAUUCCAGAUUGGGGUGCUAAUUUAGUAUAUAAAAGCAAACUAUGUGUGUCAUUUAAUUGUUAAAUGCUAGAAAUUUUCACUCUGUAAUCUUAGUUAUGUAACCAGGGUAACCAAAACCACUGCAUCAGCGACACUAGAAUGAAUCAGUGAAUGAAUUCAGCUUGGGUGAAGGAUACUAGGUAAAGACAUAUGCUGACUGAACAUGGAAGUAUUGUGAAUAUUUUUACUUGUUUAUUUGAUAAACACUCAAAGCCAGAGGAAGGUUUGGUACUGAAAAAUGUACUAACAUUAUAAAAUUUGAUAACUAUUUAUAUAGAUUGUGAAACAGUAAUACUACAGUAUGCUAUUUGGAUAAGAAAGAUGUAGAAUUAAAGGCUGUUCAGGGCAUAUUGCAGACUGAGCAUGAAGUACAUGGGCAGUUGAACUUUGUUCUUUAGAACUGUUUCAAAUAUCUUCUUAACUUGACACUACAGAUAGAUUUAGACUGUCUCCUCGGGCAUUUAUUAAGAAUAGCUCAGAAAAGCGAGAGGAGGUAUUAAAUGCCGUAAUAGCAUGAUUCAUCCUGUUGCAACAGCCUUUUGUUUUAUGGGAAAGCUGCUGCUGAUAUGUUUGCAAACAGCAAGGGUAAAGAUCAAAUAAUUUGACCUUGUAUGACAUUUGUGAUAACUACUCACUACUGCCUAAUUCAGAUUCUUUAUUUCGUAAUGCUAACAUCCUGUGGACAAGUGAUAGUAUUCCGUAUUGCCUUCACUCCAGACUGUUUUUCUUUGAUCCUGCAAGUAUCAAGUCUUGUUUACAAAAGUCAUGAAAUGUUAAUAUAAGUUAUAGAUUUUCUUCUAGAACAUGACCAAUUAGAAUGCCUUAACCACUUGUUUUUUAAAUGAACUUUAGGAAGCAAUUAUCCAACCUAACAAUUGUAGAACAAAAUAAUUUUGUAAGUAAUUUGCAAGCACCAUAUGCUAUUGCAUCCAUUGUUGCAAAAAUUACACCUCCCCUGCUUACAGAAACAUUUCAGAACUGAGGCUAUUAACGGUCAUGACUUUUAAAGGUGAGAUUAGGUAAAGUGCCUUCUACGUACCAUGGAUUGGUUUGUUUUUCUCCUGUGUCAGAUUGGGGCACCAAGCAAGCAGCAAGUUCAAAGUGUUCUUUACAGUAGGGGCAAAUUUUGCAACCAGACCAACACAGUGAUUCAGGACAGAUAGGUCAUACUUGGGCCAAAACUGCAAAUUCAUUCAAUCUGUUUUUAAUUUUACAGAAUCCAGUUCUAAAUAAUUGACACAUAAACCAGGAAGAGAUUAAAUAUAUUUCUAUUCAAAAUGUGAUUUGAUGGUGUCGUGGAUUUAUUUCCUUUGGCCUCUUUAACACUGCUUGUGGUGUGUGGAUUUAGCCAUUUUUAACUGUCAGUAACUGCAGGUGUAAAACUAGAAUCACGUGCAACAUAACAGUCCCCUUUUGUCACGGAGGAACAAAUCAUUUUAUAUAUGUAUAGCCUAAUUUGAGGCACUUCUGAAUAUGUCACCAGGAAUUUUCACAGAGAAUGUUAAUGUAAAACAAGGGCACCAAAGGCAUUGUGAUUUUAUAGUCUGUUAGUAGCUGUUAACUUACCAGACACAGUUUACAAUCUGAACUGGCUGAGCUCCUCCACUUUAUUGCUACCUUGGAAAUCCCUUUCAGCAUUCAUUAAUUUCUGACCUUUAGGGUGGAGAGAAAUAGAGAGGGGAACACAAAUUAAAUUUGGUGUUUGUAUUCUGAGAAUGAAGAAUGUAUUAAGUGAUCUUAGAUUUUUAAAAAUACUGGAAAAAAAAUUGGAAAUUACAGCAAAAUUAACAUAAUUCCUCAAAACAGUAAUAGCCAAUUUGUCAAAAAGGGUAUUUAUAGGAGUCCAUUGAUUGUGAUAUCAGAGUACACUUGAAGGGAGUGUUUACCAUCCAUCCAUGCAAUACAAGUAAACUACUGCAAGAUUAAUAUUGCACCCUGGGAAUGGUAUGAAGCACAUGAAAGCCAAGGUGUAGAAUUUUACCAAUGAUCUUCUUAAUUUGAUCUGUCAUGAUAGAUACAACAGGAACAUCAUGGAGGGGAGUGAUGCCUACUUGUAACACUGCAACACAUCUUUGAGGCACUAGAACUUUGCCAAUAGCAGUUUGAAAUAUUAAUUUUACAUUUAAAAAAUGUUGUAUAUAUUCUAGAAGAAACUAGUACUCCAGGUGGGACGUUUCUAUCCAAUCCUCUGGAUUCAGAUGUUGUUUAUAAACUACAUUUCACACAGUUUUAGAAUGCCUUCUGAAGGGAUCCCUCUAGGGUCCAGCCUUGUAAUUGUUUUAUAUGUUCCAUUACUAACCCCUAAUGUGUGGUACAAAUGUUUUAUUAAAGAAAAUCCAAAUGUCUGAUAUCUCAAACAAUUGGUGUUAAGCAUGCACUUUUGGACAAUUGAGUGCUAAAAGUUAUAUUUAACAAAGAUAGUCACUGACCUGCUUACUGUUUCUUUUGUGCAAUGAAUGCUAAUUGUAACUAAUGCCAUUUAGAAAUGCACUCUAUUGUAGAUGGUAGUGGAAAUGUGGUGGUGGUGGUGAGCUUCCUUGUAAACUCAUCUAUUGUACAUUUGUAUUGAAAUAAAUACAUGCAGUUGUGCACAA